AUGCACCGCCAUGAACGUCUAUCAUGCGACAUCACCGCCACCAUCAACACCGUCAUGUGCAGUAUUGACAGCCAUAUCAGAAUUAUCACCACCGCGAUCAGCAUCACCAUCACAUUCGCUAUCGUCUUCAUCUCCGCCCCCAUGCUCAACGGUAAAGUCUUCAUCAUCAGCAGCAUAAUAGCCUUUCACGGGUCGGGCAUCUUCGGCAGCGACAGUUUCCCGGCAGCAGACGUUAUGUUCGUGCUGAGUACAACGAUGGUGAGUGAAAGGUUUCCUAAUGAAGGCAACCCGGUGGCAUCUGUGGGACAUUCCCACUCCCUUGACCUGAAGUUCCAGCUUUUCCAUGAGAGACUUGAGGAUUUGAAGUCUUGCAAGCCACCCACACCAGGCACACUGCGACACUAUAGCAUGCUCACGCUGCAGCGCAUCGUGGGUGUCGGCAUCUUCAUCGGUGUGUACUUUCUCCAGCGCCUCUUUGGGUCAAAGACACCUGUGGGUGGAAUGUUGCUGGUGUUCUUCUCGAUGCUCGGGAUCGAAGCGAUCAAUCCGAGGUUGGCACAGAGGCUUUUCAAGUUUCUGGAGCCGGGCUACCGAUUUCUGGUGAAGUGGCUCAUCGUCUUUUUCGUGCCGGCAUUAGUGAGAGUCUCGCUGAUUCAUGUGGAUCUCGGAGUCGGCGGGCUUUUUCGUGUCUUCGUCCUGCUGCUAGUUGGUUGGUUCAUCACCUUCGGGUUGACCGCAGGAGUAGCUAGUUUGUUUCCCGAGCCGCAGAUGGAGGUGCAACCAGAGAAGGAGCCAGAGCAGCCAUCAACUUCUGGACCAGCUCGGUUUCCGUUCAUCCGCUAUUUCGUGCUGAUGUUUUUUGCAGCUGUGGCAGCCAGUGCAGGUGUUGCACCAGGAGUGGAUCAAACUGUCUUCAUGAUGUGUGCGGCACUGGCUGGCUUUACCUUGGGCAAGCGCUUGCCGCCGAAAGUGCAGAAGUUCAUCCAUCCGCUCUUCAUAUGUGCAGGCGCUACAUUUGGUGCGGCGGCGCUCUGGAUUGUCCUGGAACAUCCGGGACUAAAGGCGAUGGAUCUGAUCAGAAUCUACAGCGAGUGGCCAGGCGGAGGCGCGCUCCUUUAUUUCCUGCUGCCCAUUGCUGUGGUGUCACUGGGCAUGCUUCUCUUUGAGAACCGUGUCCUCAUUCAGAAGGAUUUCGGCCCUAUCCUUGUAACUUCCGCCUUUUCGUCCUUAUUGACGAUGAGCUCGGCUCCACUUCUUUCUCGUCUCUUUGGCUUGCCGCACGACUUUGCACUUUCUACCCCCGCACGAUGCGCGCUGUCCCCGAUUGCCAUGGGCAUGGCCAGCGUGUUGGGCUCACCACCCCCCAUUGCCGUUGCGAUGACGACUUUCUCAGGUGUCCUCGGUGUCAUGCUUGGGCCUACGAUGUUCAAGGUUCUCAACCUUCGCAAGGCCCGUGCCAGGGGUCUCGCGUUGGGCUGCUCCUCGCACGGUGUUGGC